CAUCAACGACCACAAUCUUCCCAUUUCGACUUACGUAGUCAUCAUCCCAGGUCUUGCUUUCGACUACCGGGAAACCUCUUCUUCGACGUUUCGAUACUUCUCCAAACUGGAUCAGGUACUCGCGACCGAUAAAUCCCCCGAUUCGAGCAAGCUGAUCUCGGCCUUCAACUCCUAAGAUGUCGUUCAGCUUCGGAAACGCAAGCUCUUCCAGCGCGCCCAACAACACGACAUCGACUGCGCCAGCUUCGGGGGGCCUUUUUGGAGCAGCUACAGGAACUCCUAGCUUCUCAUUCGGCUCGAUUGGUGGCUCUGCCAGUAACACCACAACACCGACCAGCAGCGCAACCAAUAUGUUUGGUCAGCAAAGCGGUGCCUCGGCGCAGAAGCCCGGCGGCAAUCUCUUCGGCGGCGGCGCAAACACAGCCAACACUUCUACCACUCCCUCUUCUGGUGGUAUCUUCGGCGGUGGUGGCUCUACAACUCCUGCGACGGGUGGUCUUUUUGGGGGUGCCUCGUCUACUACGCCAGCGGCUACUUCAGCACCUGCUAGCGGUGGAUUGUUUGGUGGUGGUGCCAGCAAUUCAACGGCCCCUGCAUCUUCAGGACUUUUUGGAAACAAUGGGAACAAUGCAAGCAAGCCAGCCACUGGCCUCUUCGGCGGUGGUGGCUCUUCUACUACUGCUAGUAGUGGCGCUGGUCUGUUCGGCCAGAAUAAUGCCAACCAGGCAGCGACAGCUACCCCUUCUUCUGCAACCACAAACCUUUUCGGAAACGCCGCCUCUGGGGCUGCAACUCCUGCUAAGCCAACUUUCGCUUUACCAUCUACGACUCCAGCUGGGGCACCACCCGCUGACUCUUCGAAGCCUACUGGUGGAUUAUUCGGCAAUACAGGCGCGCAAGCAUCCGGUGGAAACUCUAGUUUAUUCGGCGGAGCGAAACCUGCAAGCACGUCUGCUCCUUCUGCCCAACCCAGCACUACAGCAGCUGCAUCAUCCAGCGGCCUGUUCGGGGGUGCGCAGUCCGGAAGCAGCGCUCCUCCCGGGGGUCUUUUUGGAGCAAAGCCGGCUCCAGCCUCUACUCCCGCGGCCGGAGGCCUGUUCGGUACGAAGACUGAAGGGGCUCCGCCUGCUGCGGCUUCGCAAGCCGGAAGCACGGCCCCUGCCAACUCUACAGCCUCCUUAUUCGGUGCCAAACCUGCAGCCCCAGCGACUACAACUCCAGGCUCGACACCGGCGAGUGGCCUUUUCGGCGGCGGCGCAACAACUUCUGCUGCCUCAGGAGCUUCUGCUACAACAACAGCUGGAGGUUUGUUCGGAGCCAAACCUGCAACAAGUACAACUUCUACAGCGGCUCCGGCCACAACUUCAGCAAGCGCUGGCAGUCUUUUUGGCGGCGCUCCCAAGCCAUCUACCGAAUCAUCUACUUCAACGCCAGCCGGUGGUCUGUUCGGAGCACCUGCAUCCAGCCAGCCGGCCGGUUCUGCAGCUACCACGACUGCAACAGCUGGUGCAACAACUACUACUGCCCCUGCGGUGGGCUCAACUCCUGCUGCUGCCAGCAGCCUGUUUGGUACGAAGCCUACCACAGACGCCAGCAAGGAUGCAGCUAAGUCUGCGGCUUCCAGUGCCACCCCUGGAGCCCUAGGCGCUUCCACGACUGGCCCAACAUCCCAGAUGGCGCGACUCAAGAACAAAACCAUGGAGGACAUUGUCACACGUUGGGCAUCCGAUCUCUCCAAAUACCAGAAGGAAUUUAAGGAGCAAGCCACCACUGUGUCGACCUGGGACAGAAGCCUGGUGGAUAACGGCGAGAAGAUCCAGAAGUUGUACUUGGAUACAUUCGAGGCUGAACGAGCCAGCCAUGAAAUCGAGCGACAGCUUGCUGCUGUAGAAAGCCAGCAAGAUGAGCUCGAGGCUUGGUUGGACCGAUAUGAGUCUGAGGUUCAGGAUAUGUUUGCGAAGCAGCUUGGUCCUGGUGAGCAGUUAGCUGGCCCUGACCAAGAACGAGAACGUACAUACAAGCUUGCGGAGAAGCUGACGCAACAAUUGGAUGAAAAGUCGCGCGAUCUCUCCAAGAUGGUCAAGGAAAUCAAUGACAUCUCAGGGACAUUGAACAAGGGUGCUAAGCCUGAGGACCCUCUGAGCCAGAUUGUUCGGGUCCUGAAUGGCCACCUUACACAAUUGCAGUGGAUUGAUGCUAAUGCCUCGUCGCUGCAAGCCAAGGUCGCGGCUGCUCAGAAAUCGAGCAGCAACCUAGGAAGUCAUUAUGCCGGUUCUGAUAAUGAUGCGGCAGAGAGCUUCUAUCGCUCUUACAUGGGUCGACGAUGAGGAGGGGGCAAUCAUUAUUGGCUUGGAGUUUUAGGCAAGGAAUUCAGAUAAUUCUGUAUCAGAUAUGAACAUGGAGAGAAGACGUGCAGUACAGCUCAGUUUAGAGUAACAAGGAUACGGGCGACAUCUGGAAAUCCAAUGUUGAGGAGUG